UUUACCUUCUCUCUCUCACACAAAUAACACAUCAAAACUGCUCGCCACCUGAAACACACACACACACACACACUCUCUUUCUCUUUAACUUUUCAAAGUUCAGAAAAAUGUCAUCUGAAUACUCAAUACUUUUCAUUACUUCAACUUAUGGCCAUUCCUCAAAUGUAUUCUUUUCCUAUGAGUUUCUCAUCUUCUUUCUUCUCUUCCUUUCAUUCACCUUCUGGCUCACCCCGGGUGGACUUGCAUGGGCUUUAUCCAAGUCCCGGGUCGGGUUCCGACCCACCAUUCCCGGGCCAUCAGGUCUACCCGUUCUUGGCUUGGUCUUCACCUUCACUAGUUCCCUCACUCAUAGACUUCUUUCAAAGUUGUCAAAAAGCCUCAGCGCUACUUCUUUAAUGGCUUUUUCUGUUGGGUUUACGCGUUUUAUAAUUUCAAGCCAACCAGAGUCCGCGAAAGAAAUUUUAAACAGUUCUGCUUUUGCAGAUAGACCUGUUAAGGAAUCUGCUUACGAACUUUUGUUUCAUAGAGCAAUGGGUUUUGCACCUUACGGCGAGUACUGGAGAAGUUUGAGAAAAAUGUCAGCAACACAUUUAUUUAGUCAUAAGAGAAUAUCAAGUUUAGGGGAGUGUAGAAGAGAAAUAGGCAAUAAAAUGGUGAGUGAAAUCAUGAGUUUAAUGGCCGAGACAGAAGGGAAAAUUAAAGUAAAGAGGAUUUUGCAUUUUGGAUCUUUGAAUAAUGUGAUGAGUAGUGUUUUUGGGAAAUGUUAUGAUUUUAUAACGGACAAUGAUGGACAAAAACUGGAGUUUUUAGUGUGUGAAGGUUAUGAGUUGUUGGGUAUAUUUAAUUGGAGUGACCAUUUUCCUUUUUUGGGGUGGUUAGAUUUGCAAGGGGUUAGAAGAAGAUGUAGAGAUUUGGCUACUAAAGUUAAUAUUUUUGUUGGGAAAAUUAUAGAAGAACACAGGGUUAAAAGAGCUGAAAAUGGUGGUGUAGUUGCUGAUGAAGGUUUAUCGGACUUUGUUGAUGUCUUGCUCGAUUUGGAGAAGGAUAAUAAACUCAGUAACACGGACAUGAUCGCAGUUCUUUGGGAAAUGAUCUUCAGGGGAACUGAUACUGUUGCAAUCCUACUAGAGUGGAUUCUUGCAAGAAUGGUGCUACAUCCAGAAAUACAAGCCAAAGCUCAACAAGAAAUAGACAAUAUUGUAGGAACAAAUAAAGGUGUAUCUGAUUUUGACUUGCCUAAAUUAACCUAUCUUCAAGCUAUAGUAAAAGAGACACUUAGAAUCCAUCCACCAGGUCCUCUUCUUUCUUGGGCUAGACUUGCAAUGAAUGACACAUUUAUUGGUCAUCACUUCAUCCCAGCAGGAACAACAGCAAUGGUUAACAUGUGGGCAAUUACUCGCGACGAAAACAUUUGGCCACAGCCUGAAAAGUUCAUGCCAGAAAGAUUUUUGGAAGAAGAUGUCGCGAUCAUGGGUUCUGAUCUAAGGUUGGCACCAUUUGGCUCUGGGAGAAGAGUGUGUCCUGGCAAAAUAAUGGGACUUGCUACUGUUCAACUUUGGUUAGCUCAGUUACUUCAAAGUUUCAAUUGGAUUGCUUCAGAUAAUGGUGUGGAUUUAUCUGAGUGUUUGAAGUUGUCUCUGGAAAUGAAGCACUCUUUAGUUUGCAAAGCUAUUCCUAGGGUUAAUUCUUAAAGUUAGGUUUGGUUGGAUUUGUUUGUUUUGUUAUAUAUAAUAUAUGUAAUCUCAGCCAUGAUUUUGGACCUCCAAAAUAUGGAGAUAGGAGGCUUCUAUUAGUAUGUAAGAAUGGGGUAAUUUAGUUAGUAGUUUUUGGUUAAUCUAGGAAAGUGCAACAUGGUACAAAUUUGUUUGUUGGUUCUGGUUUGGAUAACUAGACUUUCAUCAUCCUUGUACACUUAUGUCAUUUUACAUAUUCAAA